AUGACCAUAAAGGCCAUAACGAACGGGAGUUCAAACUACCAACAACCGUCGACGCCAUGGCGAAGAAUUCGAAGCUGCAAAGACUUCCGAACUUUGAAGCGAAUACACGCUCGGAUUAUCGUCAAUGGCUUCAACUCCGACCGCUCUGCUCUUCGAGAACUCGUUUACGUCUCCGCAGUGGCUCUCUCCACCGCGAUUCACUACGCGCACAAACUGUUCGACCAAAUUCCCGAACCGGACAUCUUCAUGUGGAACACAAUGCUCAGAGGCUCCGCUCAGAGCCCCAGGCCGUCACUCGCCCUGUCGCUGUUUGCACGGAUGGAGAAACAUUAUGUCUGCCCGGAUAAUUACACCUUCCCUUUCGUGCUCAAGGCGUGUACUAGGCUUUCUUGGGUUAACACUGGUUUGGUAACUCAUGGAAAGAUUGUCAAACAUGGGUUUGAAUCGAAUAAGUUUGCGAGGAAUUCGCUUAUAAGCUUCCACUCAAAUUGUGGGGAUAUAAGGAUUGCACGUUGGCUGUUUGAUGGUUUCGCCAUGAGAGAUGUUGUUGCUUGGUCUGCUUUGACUGCUGGCUAUGCUCGGAGAGGGGAUCUGGAGGUGGCACGGAGGGUGUUUGAUGAAAUGCCGAUGAAGGACUUGGUUUCUUGGAAUGUGAUGAUCACUGGGUAUGUGAAGCAGGGAAAGAUGGAGAGCGCGAGGGAGUUGUUUGAUGCAGUGCCAAGGAGGGAUGUUGUGACAUGGAACACUGUCAUCUCUGGCUAUGUGCAUUGUGGCGAGCAUAAACAGGCGUUGGAGAUGUACGAGGAAAUGAGAAAGGCGGGCGAGCAAGCUGAUGAGGCAACCAUGUUAAGCCUCUUGUCAGCUUGCACAGACUCGGGAUCUCUGGAUGUUGGGGAGAAGAUACAUUCCUCGAUUAUGAAGAUCAUGGGUGCAGGGGGAUUAAGCGUUUUUCUUGGCAAUGCGCUGAUAGAUAUGUAUUCAAGGUGUGGCAGCAUCAAGAAGGCGGUUGAAGUGUUUCAUAGUAUGAGCGAAAAGGAUGUUUCAACUUGGAACCUUAUUAUCAGAGGGCAAGCUAUGAAUGGUCAUUCUGAAGAAUCAAUUCUUCUCUUUGAAGAGAUGAGGAGAAUGAAGUUCAUCAUCCCCAAUGAAGUCACUUUUAUCGGGGUACUGGUAGCCUGCAGCCAUUCAGGUAAAGUCGAUAAAGGGCGUGAAUACUUCAACUUGAUGAGAGUUGAAUACAGUAUUGAGCCAAACAUAAGGCACUAUGGAUGUAUGGUGGAUAUGCUUGCACGCGCAGGGCUUUUGAACGAAGCUUUCGAGUUCAUAGAUGCAAUGGAGAUUGAACCCAAUGCUAUCGUUUGGCGAACCGUGUUAGGUGCUUGUAAGAUUCAUUGUAAUGUCGAGCUGGGAAGGAUUGCAAACGCGCAGCUGAGCAAUCUAGGAUUGGGAGAGAGUGGCGAUUAUGUUCUGCUCUCUAACAUAUACGCUUCGCGGGGUGAGUGGGAUGGUGUUGAAAGAGUUAGGAACAAGAUGGAUGAUUGUGGGGUUUGGAAAGAACCUGGUUGCAGUCUGAUUGAAGCAGAUGAGGAAGCUUUUCUUAACUUCUUGUUUGAUUCAGAACCUCAAACAAAUCCUCAAGAACAUGGCUAGUGACCAAAGUCAUACACAAUUGGACUCGCCAAAUACAACAUGAACAUCAAUAUAUAGAAUGCAUGACAUAGACCAACCCAACUAAGUUGGUCAGACAAUGGCUGCUGCUGCUGCUAAGUAAACAAUGGCUGCUGCUGCUGCUGAAGCUCCAUAAGUUGGUCAAACAGUGCCAAAGGAUCACUAAGUUGGUCAGACAGUUGGCUUGGUAACUGCAGAGUUCAAAGUUUCACUUCCCGUGGGAGUUGUCUACUGGCCUUCUUAGUUUGAGCCGGUUAGCUAUGAACAAUCUAAGUCAGUUUACCUUCUUGUGAGCACACCUUCAAAUAGUGGUUACAGGCUUUCUGAAGUGCCAAAGGAUCACUGGCGGAACGAGUUCUUUGAACUGAUGAUGUUGCCCUUGUGUGAUAAGUAAACAAUGGCUGCUGCUGCUGAAGCUCCAUAAGUCAUAAAAAAGCCAGCACACAACAGCAAACCCAAUUAUCAGUGAAUUGCCAAGACUAUUCUCUUCCUGCAAUGUAGAGAUAUGGAAGACAAUACUAUUUAUAACUUCAUCAAAUGCUACCAUAUCAAGAAAGAUCAUCAACACUACCCAGCUGCAGCCUUCGAAGAUUGAUGGAUAUGCAAGGGGUAGAGCUGUUAAAAUGGGCUCAACCCACAGAGUAUUAUGUAUGCUCAUAAUAUACUAGCCUACUAGGUAGCUUAGCCACUUAGAAUGGCAUUUGCUCUACAACAAAGAACCUGUUUUGUAAAUUAGAACUAAGGAGUUUCCUUUUCCAUCACUAGCAAGUAGCAAUCCAUACACAUUCAAUUCAUGAAGUUGUACAAUCAAGAAUCCACAUUUUGGACUUAAAAUUAAAGGGUGACUACCCAUAAGGUCACAAGUUCAAUUUUUGUCAACA